AGUACUAAUAAGAAUUCCUGCAAAAUUCUCCAAUAAAAGCCCUUUCCUAAAUCCCAGUUAAUUUCUUCUGCAUUACAUUUUCUCAACAAUGGCCACAGAUCUGCACUCUCCGUUGCCCAAAUCGGCGACGGAUUUAUUCGGCGACCCGAUUGAGGAUUCGCAUCCGUUAUGGCUCAACCCGUCGAAGUUCACCGACGCCGAAUUCGACCCGGAAUCGUACAUCUCAGAUCUCCGCACCUUCGUCCCCUUCGACACCCUGCGCUCGGAGCUCCGAUCUCAUUUAGGCGCCCUCAAACACGAGCUGGUUGAGCUAAUCAACCGCGACUACGUCGAUUUCGUCAGCCUCAGUACGAAGCUCGUCGACGUCGAGGCCGCGGUGGUGCGCAUGAGGGCCCCGCUUCUCGAGAUCAAGGAGAAGAUCUUGGAUUUUCGCGGCUCGGUUGACAUCUCGCUGGCGGCGCUGCAGAGCCGGCUGAAGCAGCGAUCUCAGGCCAAUGAGGCGAGGGAGGUGUUGGAGUUGCUGCUCGACACUUUUCAUGUCGUUUCUAAGGUCGAAAAAUUGAUAAAGGAGCUGCCUAGUGUUCCAGCUGAUUGGUCCAGUGGAGCCAUGAGUUCUACUGAGAAAGGUCAACUAAGCAAUGGUAUUUCCUUUCAACAUUCUGAAAAUGGAACUAGCCUCAGGGAGACACAAAGCAUGCUUCUGGAGAGAAUUGCUAGUGAAAUGAAUCGGCUAAAGUUCUAUAUUACUCAUGCACAGAACAUGCCCUUUGUUGAGAACAUGGUAAAGAGGAUUCAAAAUGCUAGCUUGUUACUGGAUUCAAGCUUGGGGCUCUGUUUUGCUGAUGGGUUGGAGCACCGGGAUGAAAAUGCAAUAUACAAUUGCUUACGUGCAUAUGCUGCUAUUGAUAAAACCAGUAGUGCUGAGGAAAUUUUUCGUUCAGCGGUUGUUGCACCGUUCAUACAGAAAAUUAUCUCUCAUGGCUCGACAGGAUCAGUUAAUGGGUCAUCCGGAGAUGAGCUUGAGCAAGACUAUGAAAGAAUCAAGCAACACAUUGAAGAUGAUUGCAAAUUUUUAUUGGAAAUAUCUUUUACAGAAAAUUCAGGUCUGCAUGUUUUUAGCUUCCUGGCGAAUUCUAUUCUGAAAGAGGUCUUAUCAGCCAUCCAGAAAGGAAAACCAGGGGCUUUCUCUCCUGGAAGGCCCGUGGAGUUCCUCAAAAACUAUAAGUCAAGCUUAGGUUUCUUGGAUUAUCUAGAAGGUUACUGUCCCUCUCGAUCUGCUGUCGCUAAAUUACGGGAAGAGACAGUCUAUAUAGAUUUCAUGAAGCAAUGGAAUACUGGGGUUUAUUUCUCAUUGAGGUUCCAAGAAAUAGCCGGUGCUCUGGAUUCUGCACUUAUGACUACUACACUUUUACGCUCUCAGAACUCCUCCAAUCAGGAAUAUUCUCAAAGCUUAGCAUUGAAGCAAAGUAUUUCUCUUAUGGAUUGCUUGAGAUCAUGCUGGAGAGAUGAUGUUCUUGUCCUUUCUUGCUCUGACAAGUUUUUACGCUUAUUUCUGCAACUUCUUUCAAGAUACUCGAACUGGUUGUCAGCUGGAUUGAAUGCUCGCAAAACUGGCAAUGCAAGUGGCAAUGAAUGGGCUAUUUCUGCUGCCCCAAAUGACUUCCUCUAUAUAAUUCAUGACAUAAAUUGCCUGGUCGAUGAAGUUUGUGGUGAUUACCUUGGGCAUGUACUUGAGCUUCUCAAGUCGUGCUCCCCUGAAGUACGUGAUCUUGUGAAGCAGGGUAUUUUACAGGGUGGCAAUUCUCUCAAAGUUCUCCAGCCUCAGCUAAUUAAUUCGAUUGUAGAAACUUUAGUGGAGAAAUCUGUGGAGGAUUUGCGACAACUCAAAGGAAUAACAGCAACAUAUAGGAUGACCAAUAAACCUCUUCCGGUUCGGCAUUCACCAUAUGUAUCUGCAGUAUUACGUCCUCUAAAGGCUUUUCUGGAAGCAGAGCAAGCUGCUACAUAUUUAACAAAGGAUCUCCGUAAAGAACUCGUACAUGGUGCUGCUUUCGAGAUUACUCGUCGAUAUUAUGAAUUAGCUUCUGAUCUUGUCAGUGUGGCCAGAAAAACGGAGUCCUCACUCCAGAAAAUACGUUUAGGUGCACAAAGGCGAGCAGGAGCAAGUUCAGACGUCUCGGACCAUAACGUAUCUGAUACAGACAAGAUUUGUAUGCAGUUACUUCUUGAUAUUCAGGAAUAUGGGCGUAACCUUGCUUCCCUUGGAGUCGAUGCUGCUGAUAUUCCAACAUAUCGUUCCCUAUGGCAGUGUGUUGCUCCUUCUGACAAGCAAAACACGAUAAGCUUCUAGUACCGGAAUUCGGCCAAACAUUCAAAGAGUGCAGCAGUGCUGCCAGUCAUUCAUUGCAAGUACGAGAAGUAUUGAGUAAAACGGCACGGGUAUACUAAAUUAUUAGUCCUUAAAUGAGAUUUAUCCCCUUCCUUCAUUAGAGUCGUUUUCGAGGAUCCUUUUUUUCUUCCAUUCUUUUUCCCUUUGGUUUCCGUUUACGUUCAAGCCCGUCUUACUCAGUGAGCUACUAAGAAGACUUUGUAAUGAGAAUUUUUCCCUUCGAGGCUGCUGUUCCUAAAAUUGCAAAACAUACAGACAGCAAAAAAAAUCUUCAAAAAACAGAAAAAAACAAUCAUACAUUCCCCUCUGUAGUUAUCUUUUUAUAUAAAGGAGUUUUAGCAUUAUUUUGUACUAAACUA